CAGGAGGCAGAGAAGAUGGGCAUCCUCAGCGUAGACUUGCUGAUCACACUGCAGAUUCUGCCAGUUUUUUUCUCCAACUGCCUCUUCCUGGCGCUCUAUGACUCGGUCGUUCUCCUCAAGCACGUGGUGCUGUUGCUGAGCCGCUCCAAGUCCACUCGCGGGGAGUGGAGGCGCAUGCUGACCUCAGAGGGGAUGCGCUGCAUCUGGAAGAGCUUCCUUCUCGAUGCCUACAAACAGGUGAAACUGGGUGAAGAUGCUCCCAACUCCAGUGUGGUGCAUGUCUCCAAUCCUGAAGGAGAUGACAGCAGUGGAAAUGGUGCCCAUGAGAAAACAGUUGAUGGAGCUGAGUGCCACCUCCUUGACUUUGCCAGCCCUGAGCGCCCACUGGUGGUCAACUUCGGCUCAGCCACUUGACCUCCUUUUACUAACCAGCUGCCAGCCUUCAGCAAACUGGUGGAAGAGUUCUCAUCAGUGGCUGACUUCCUGUUGGUCUACAUUGAUGAGGCUCAUCCUUCAGAUGGUUGGGCGGUGCCUGGGGAUUCUUCUUUGUCUUUUGAGGUGAAGAAGCACCGGAACCAGGAAGACCGAUGUGCAGCAGCCCACCAGCUAAUGGAGCGUUUCUCCUUGCCACCCCAGUGCCAAGUUGUGGCUGACCGCAUGGACAAUAAUGCCAAUGUCGCUUAUGGGGUAGCCUUUGAACGUGUGUGUAUUGUGCAGAGACAGAAAAUUGCUUAUCUGGGAGGAAAGGGCCCCUUCUACUACAACCUUCAAGAAGUCCGGCGUUGGCUGGAGAAGAAUUUCAGCAAGAGAUGA